AUGGACGACCCACCGCCCCUCCCGGGGGCGAUCGACAUCCUUCUCGCGUCGAUUACCUCGACGUCGCUCACCAUCACCAGCUUCAUCCGGGCCGUGCGGUCGGCCCGGGCUGAUCUCGGGGCCAUCACGCGCGAGCUGGCGGACCUGUACGUGGUGCUGGACCUUCUGCGCGAUGACCACGCCGUCCCGACGCAGAUGCAGGCGCGGGUGCGAGCCGUCCUGCGCGGUUGCGGGGUAAUCCUGGCCAGGAUCACCGCCCUCGUUGCAGAUUCGUCCGGCAGUGGCAGCGGCAGCCACGACGGGGCCACCCGCGUGCGAUGGUCCACCAGGGACAGGAAUGACAUGACGCUGCUGUCGAUAGGCCUGCAGACUCAUCGGGAGGCCCUGGUUCUUGUCGAUGAUGUGGCACACCUAAAAUAUUCCCAAGACGAGGAAUCGCCCGAUGGCACCUCUCCCGAUGGAGAGGGACCUCGGCAGGCGUCCAAGAGGAUCUUGGCCGCGAUUUCCAAGUUGCGAGACACGGUCCCGCAGGCUGAGAGAGCAGCGGGCGACUCAAGAAAGGUGCUAGAGCUCUACCUCGACGAAUUGGCCGCUUAUACGGCGGCUGUGUGCAGAGAGAUACAGGGACAGACCCCCUCAAGCCAUGCAGAUUCAACAAAAUUCACGGCUCCCAGGGAACUCGGGCAGCCGGGCACAAAAACUAGCCAGAACGCAGCUGCCAAACAGGGCUCGAUUGUCGAACUCGAUGGUGAACAGUCACUUGAGACCUGUGGUCCAUGGUUCCCUGCCCAGGAACUCGUUGUUCCUUAUUACAACAGCCAGGAACAGUUCCUGAAACCGACAGUUUACUCCUACCACAUCCCGAGGAAGUCACCAACUGAUCUCCAUCACAGCAACCCGCUGAGGCAGGUUGUCGAAUUACCAGGCAACACGACUGUGAGUCCGGCUCAAACAAGGCAGCAGGCUCAACCCCAGCACCACCGCAAGCAGAAACAAGGGCCCCAGCCGCGACAUCACCACAGCCCCCAGCAGGCGCAGCAGCCGUUUGGGUCGCCAGAAAAGCCACCACUAGCGGAGCAGCGUAGUCGGUCGGCUGUCCCUCCGCCGCUGCUCUCCCCGCCGGACGGAUGGGCUACGUCUGUCUACGUCCCGGCCAGCCCGGCGUCGGAACAGUUUUCACACCGGAACUCGGCACUGUCCUCGGACCAGACAUCCUUCCAAACAUCGUCCGACUACGCCGUAAGUCAAAGCAUGUAUCGCAGUUCGAUGUCGACGGCAGGCACCUACUCCGUUAUGGACUCGUUCACUCCUGCUUCCUCUCCACUGUUGCCAUUCCACCAUUCGUUGAAGGGCGGCCCUUCCCGACCGGAAUCACCCUACAGCACAGUGUCCUCGAUAACCUCCUCGAUCAUGGGCAGGCUCCCCAGAUUCCGCUCUAGGAGACAGUCAGUGCGCCUCCCCGCCGAAGUCCGCACCCCCGCCCCGGACGCGCGCCACAGCACGCCACCGUCGACCGCGUCUUCCUCGACGCUCGACCGAACCCCCGUCGCCACCAAGCUCGCCGCCCAGCAACCGCCGCCGACCUCGCCGCUGCCCCGCACCCCCGGGGAGCGCCGUGACAGGCAGGCCAAGCGUCAGGCGCAGCAGAUCGAGCUCGUCCCCGUCGAGGGCCUCUCGGACGGCAAGGCGCCCGAGAUCUUCCAGCUGGACAUCUCGCCUAGCGGGACCAUCCUCGCAAGCCAGCACGCCAACCACAGCAUCAAGAUCUGGUCCGUGACCACGGGCGGCGUUGAAUCCACCGUCAGCCCGCGGGCCAAGUUCCGCACGGGCCCUCGGACCCGCAUGUACUUCAUCCGCAGCCACGCCAUCGUAUCGGAGGCGUCGACCCUACUGGCCGUAUCGGCCUCGUUCGGCAACACGGUCGAGGUCUGGGACUGGUCCCGGCGCCGCCGCGUCCAGUCCAUCGACCGCGCCGCCCGCUGGGCCAGCGCGCGCGCCGACGCCUACGACGCCCGCGACAACCGGCCGCUGGCCGUCUACCGCGCCGAGGACGACGCCAUCGACCUGUUCGCCGUCGUCGGCGCAGCCGCUGCUGCUGCUGCUGGCGCACCCCGCCUCCGAGGCCUUCGCGCCGACCCGGGACCAUACGUCCAGUCGCGCCGCAUCGAGGUCGCGCGCGCGGGCCUGCCGUUCGUGCCGCACUUCCCCGAGCUGGCGUACUCGGCCACCGCGCCGCUGCUCGUUGGGGCGGCCGGGCCGCGCGCGCGGGCCCCGCCCGACGAGCAGAAGUGCAUCCUGGUGGCGUGGCAGACGGACUCGUCGGGCCCGGCGGCGCCGCAGGACGGAGGAGACGACGAGGCCAACGGAAACGGCAACCCGCACCGGCCGUACAAGUGGGUGGUGCCGCCGCACCCGGAGCUCCUGGGCGCGCUGCCGGCGUGUCUGGCGUGCUACGGGUCGUCGGCGGUGUCGGUGUGGCUGCCGGCCAAUUACAGGCACAUUGUGACGGCGAAGGGGGAGACGAAGCGCGUGCCGGUCGCGACGAGGAGGAGGCUGGUGCUGGUGUGGGACCUCACGGAGGGGGGCACGAGGCUGUUUGAUGUCCCCGAAGGGCCGUGCUGCGUUUCGCCUGAUUGUCGGCUUGUGGCGUACUGUGAUGCGAGCGCGAGCGGGGAUGGCAUCGUGGUGCUGGAUGUGGCGAGCGGGGAGGCGGCGUGGAGGGGCGGUGGGGAGGAGGCGGAGGCGCCGGGACGGGCGCUGCGAGUUGACUUGGGGAAGGUCAAUGUGUUGCAGUUCACAGAGGAUGGGGGCACGCUGUUUGUCGGCGACAAGGACGGCGGGGUCGGCAUCUACGAGAUCAAGAUGCGGACCGCUGGCGGUGGGGCGGGGAGAUUCGAGUUCCCGGGCAUUGGGGAGGCGUUGGGGGGUGGCGAGUCGGACGUGUCUGGGUCGUGAUAUGUGGCCGCCGUUGUUUCUUUUCUCGGAUUGUACAAGCUAUGAUACCCUGUGGCAUGUUUGUGGAACCUGUGGGCGCGUGUUGUCGGGUCCGAGUGUACUCUAUUUGCCCCUAGACAGGCAUUGGGGGGUGGGCGACCCAUAAUGGACGCUGGAGAAUCAAGGAUAUCCAUGUGCAGGCGAGUCAGUUGCUUGCCAGGCACGGGCAAUUCCGAUCUUACAUUGGUGGAGUGUCUGGGCCUCUCACAAUAACGCAACGGAACUCGGGGCUUGAUUGUCGAGGCUGACAAGCUAUGCCCUGGCAACCGGUGUCC